AUGAGUGGUCGAUUAAAGUGCAUACUUGGACUAUUUUUCAACCUCUCCAAAUUCAAACAAAAACUUCGAGAAAGCCAAUAUCAACAAAAAUCGCUCAUUCCCACCGGAAUCCCUCAAAAGUUUACGGAAUCUUCGAACACUUCUACCAGUUUGGAUAGUCCUGACAGUGAUAAAAGAUAUGUUACUCCACCAAGUUCCGUUCAAAGUAGUAUUCAAUAUCAGCCCAGGCCUACAAGUGAUCCCCAAGCCUUCAAGAAGUCCACUGAGUCAAAAAGUCGUUUACCUGUCCCACGUCAAAAUCGAAACAAAAAUUUUCUACCGGAUUUACCUCAAUCAAAGAUUCCUGAAACGGAAACAAUUUCAUCAAUCCCGACUCAAUCACUUCGCUCUCCACAGCCAAUCAAAAGUCUAAAACCGAUUCCUAUAAGAUUGACAAAUUCUACUGUAGGCUCGUCUGGGUCCAACCACCAAACCAUGCUUCCAAUUGGUCGUAUUCCGACAGCGGUUGCUAAACCCCCCACAGCGUCUCUGCCUCAACCCACCGCUAUUCAAACUCGCUUCUUCACGGAAUUCUCCCCGCAAAAGCAGCUUCGGAAACCUGUGGCAACUGAAGGCUGGACACCGAAUCAGGUGGGUCUUCCUGUCUUUAGGGCUGGACACCGAAUCAGGUGGGUCUUCUAUGUCUUUGGGGCUGGACAUCGAAUCAGGUGA